AUGGCCUCGCUGGACCUGCCAUACCGCUGCCCCCGCUGCGGGGAGCACAAACGCUUCCGGAGCCUGUCGUCGCUGCGCGCACACCUGGAGUACAGCCACACCUACGAGACGCUCUACAUCCUCUCCAAGACUAACAGCAUCUGCGACGGCGCUGCAGCCGCGGCGGCUGCCGCAGCCGCCUCGGGCUUCCAGCUGGCGCCCGAGCCCGCCGCCCUGCUGGCCGUGCCCGGCGCCCGCCGCGAGGUCUUCGAGAGCACGUCCUUCCAGGGCAAGGAGCAGGCCGGGCCGUCGGCCGCAGCGCCACACCUGCUGCACCACCAUCACCACCACGCGCCCCUCGCGCACUUCCCCAGCGACCUGGUGCCCGCCAGCCUGCCCUGCGAGGAACUCGCUGAGCCGGGCCUGGUGCCCGCCGCCGCCGCGCGCUACGCGCUGCGCGAGAUCGAGAUCCCGCUGGGGGAGCUGUUCGCCCGCAAGUCCGUGGCCUCCUCGGCGUGCUCGACGCCGCCGCCCGGGCCCGGCCCCGGCCCUUGCUCCGGGCCCGCCUCCGCCUCGCCCGCGUCCCCCUCGCCUGCAGAUGUGGCUUACGAAGAGGGUCUGGCGCGCCUCAAGAUCCGCGCGCUGGAGAAGCUGGAGGUGGACCGGCGGCUGGAGCGGCUGAGCGAGGAGGUGGAGCAGAAGAUCGCGGGCCAGGUGGGCCGGCUGCAGGCAGAGCUGGAGCGCAAAGCGGCCGAGCUGGAGACGGCGCGGCAGGAGAGCGCGCGGCUGGGGCGCGAGAAAGAGGAGCUGGAGGAGCGCGCGUCCGAGCUCUCGCGCCAGGUGGACGUGAGUGUGGAGCUGCUGGCCUCGCUCAAGCAGGACCUGGUGCACAAGGAACAGGAGCUGAGCCGCAAGCAGCAGGAGGUGGUGCAGAUCGACCAGUUCCUGAAGGAGACAGCGGCGCGGGAAGCCAGUGCCAAGCUGCGGCUGCAGCAGUUCAUUGAGGAGCUCCUUGAGCGUGCCGACCGUGCUGAACGGCAGCUGCAGGUCAUCAGCAGCAGCUGUGGAAGCACCCCUAGCGCCAGCCUGGGCCGUGGAGGUGGCGCAAGUGGCGCUGGGCCUGGCGCCCGGGGCCCAGGCAGAAUGCGAGAACACCACGCAGGCCCGGCCAUGCCUAGCACAUACGCAGUGUCACGGCAUGGCUCCUCUCCCAGCACAGGGGCCUCCAGCCGUGUCCCAGCUGCAUCCCAGAGCUCAGGCUGCUAUGACAGUGACAGUCUGGAGCUGCCCCGGCCAGAAGAGGGGAGCCCUGAGGACGGUGGCCCUGGUGGCUUGGGCACACGGGCCCAGGCUGCCAACGGUGGCUCGGAGCGGGCCCAGCUCCCUCGCAGCUCAGGCCUGCGGCGCCAGGCCAUCCAGAACUGGCAGCGCAGACCCCGCCGACACAGCACGGAAGGGGAGGAGGGGGACAUCUCGGAUGUGGGCUCCCGAACUACCGAGUCCGAGGCUGAGGGCCCCUCGGAUGCCCCCCGCCCUGGGCCUGCCAUGGCUGGGCCGUUGAGCAGCUGCCGGCUCUCAACCCGACCUGAAGGAGGCAGUGGGCGGGGUCGGCGAGCCGAGAGGGGCAGCCCCUCACGCUCCAACGAGGUCAUCAGCCCAGAGAUCCUCAAGAUGCGAGCCGCCCUGUUCUGCAUCUUCACCUACCUGGACACACGCACACUACUGCACGCCGCAGAGGUCUGCCGGGACUGGCGCUUCGUGGCCCGCCACCCUGCCGUCUGGACCCGAGUGCUGCUCGAGAAUGCCCGCGUCUGUUCCAAGUUCCUGGCAAUGCUGGCUCAGUGGUGCACCCAGGCCCACUCGCUGACACUGCAGAACCUGAAGCCCCGUCAGCGGGGCAAAAAGGAAAGCAAGGAGGAGUAUGCCCGGAGCACCCGGGGCUGCCUGGAAGCAGGGCUGGAGUCCCUGUUGAAGGCAGCGGGGGGGAACCUGCUGAUUCUGCGCAUCUCCCACUGUCCCAACAUCCUUACCGACCGUUCACUCUGGCUGGCCAGCUGCUACUGCCGUGCCCUGCAGGCCGUCACCUACAGGAGUGCCACAGACCCUGUGGGCCACGAGGUCAUUUGGGCCCUGGGCGCAGGCUGCAGAGAGAUUGUCUCCCUCCAGGUGGCACCACUUCACCCCUGCCAGCAGCCCAUGCGCUUCAGUAACCGCUGCCUACAGAUGAUCGGUCGCUGUUGGCCCCACCUCCGGGCCCUGGGGGUUGGGGGUGCCGGCUGUGGGGUGCAGGGCCUGGCAUCACUCGCGAGAAACUGCAUGCGGCUGCAGGUCCUGGAGCUGGACCACGUGUCGGAGAUCACCCAGGAGGUGGCGGCUGAGGUCUGCCGGGAAGGUCUGAAGGGACUGGAGAUGUUGGUGCUCACAGCCACCCCCGUCACCCCCAAGGCCCUGCUGCAUUUCAACAGCAUUUGCCGGAACCUCAAGUCCAUUGUGGUCCAGAUUGGGAUUGCUGAUUAUUUCAAAGAACCCAGCAGUCCUGAGGCCCAGAAGCUGUUUGAGGACAUGGUAACAAAACUCCAGGCCUUGCGACGGAGGCCCGGCUUCUCUAAGAUCCUGCACAUCAAAGUGGACGGCGGCUGCUAACCCGGGUGGGGGGCGGCAGGGCCCCUGCCAGCCCCACACCAGGGCACUCUCUUUGGAC